AUGCAUCUGGACAUUUCCUCCGCCAAUCUCUCAGGCGAUCUCCCGCCGGAGCUCGGGAGAUUGGCAAAACUGGAGAUGCUAUUUCUCUUCAAGAACAACCUCUCCGGGAUCGAUCCCGACAGCCUGGGGUCAGUUGCAGUCGUUGCGAGAACUAGAUUUAUCCUCCAACAAUCUCUCCGGCGAAAUCCCACCGAUUUAUCGGCACUGAAAGCCCUAACCAGAUUAUCCUUGAUGAACAACAAUUUAACGGGAGAAAUUCCGCAAGGAAUCGGCGAGCUCCCCGAUUUGAAAAUCUUGUCUCUAUGGAACAAUUCGUUUUCAGGAAUUUUACCACAGAGUUUAGGUUACCAUUCGCGAUUGGAAUGGCUCGACGUCUCCUCGAACUCGCUCACCGGCGCGAUCCCUCAGAAGCUCUGCUGCGGCGGCGCGCUUGGCGAAGCUGCUACUGUUUUCAAACCGAUUUGUUGGGGAGAUCCCUUCGUCUUUAGCCAAAUGCGAGGCGUUAUAGCAUGUGAGAAUCCAAGGCAACCGCGAGGUCGCGGAGUGCUUGAAUUCCGGCAGCGAGAUCAUCGGGAUGGGAUCUGCGGGGACGGUGUACAAGGCAGAGAUGGGCGGCGGUGA